GAACGCUCGUCGGCGCGCCUCCGCUUCCUACAAAAUGCCGUCCGUUGCGGAGAAGUCUGUCUCCCUUGACUCCCUCACUUCGCAAUUCCCCCUCACAUUCCCCAUCCCGACCCCGAAAUCCGUGCCGGACUUGAUCACGGUUCAUGACAUUGCACGCGAAGAGGACUUGCUGCGAAAUCCCACAUCUUUUCGCGCUUGGUGGACUGCCAUCCAUGCUACGAGGGAAGCCUAUGUCGCCCAGUCGAAGAUAGAGAAGCUUCCUGCCGACGUACCUCCCGAAGUCGCCGCGCUCUUGGGACCUCUUGCAACUCCGCUCGGGCGCCUGUCUUUGCAAAGACUGACAUACCUUUAUGAGGCAGCACUUACUCAGUUCGCUGGCUCGUACAAGCUAUGGAAGUCCUACUUGACUAUGCGCAUGUCCUUCGUGCUUGGCAAGCUUGUCAUGAAGAAGAAGGCCGGCGGCAGGAAAAAGUUCCCCGACAUGAAGGACGCGCUGGAGGAGGAAAAGGAGGAUCUCGAGCAGUGGGAGGGGGGCUUGCACGGCGUAGUGGGCUGGGAGGAGUGGAAGGCGCUUGUCGCGACCUUCGAGCGCGCCCUCAUGUGGUUGCCCAAGAUGCCACGAUUAUGGUUGAUGUACCUUUCCAUCUUCAAUCAUCCCCUCUGCCCGUCUACUCUCGUCAACACACACGCUCGUCACACAUACGACCGCGCCCUUCGCACUCUGCCACCAUCCCUCCACCACCGCAUAUGGGUGCGCUAUCUUCUCUGGGCAGAAGCCCGAGGCGGCGCAACUAUGGUCGCUGUUUACCGGCGAUACCUUGCUGUCGACCCCAGCAUCACUGAGCGGUUCACCCACCUCCUCUUGAACUCUCCACACUCCGCUCCUCGACCUCUCGAGGCUGCGAAGUACCUCCUGUCACUCGCGCGCAAAGCUGCUCGCGGCGAGUACACUAGCCCAGAGGGCAAGAGUCCGUAUCAGCUACUCCUCGACUGGCUCGAAAUCGUCGAAAAGUACCCCGAGGAGGUUGGUCUCGACGUCGACGACACCAACACCUCGAACGAUGCUGCAAAAGCGGAAGAGGAAGCCGCUGCCAGCGCAUCAACGGUCGUCGAGCCCGCAUCCGUCACCGGUCAGGUUAUGCGCGUUGCAGGUCCUGCGAUCCCCGUCACUGUCUCUGCGGAUGGCAAGACACGGCCAUAUGACGAGGACGAGGACCCUAAGAGCCCACGCAAACUGAACAUCGAGCAGAUCAUCCGCAACGAUGGCCUCUCGGUGUACAAGGACCAGGCGGGGCGUCUUUGGACCGGAUUGGCGACCUACUGGAUUAACCGCGCUGAGCUCGAGCGCGCGAAGGAGACCUUCGAAGCCGGGCUCGCGGCUGUCGUCACCGUGCGCGACUUCACCCAGAUCUUCGACGCGUACGCCGAGUUCAACGAGUCCGUGAUCAGCGGGUACAUGGAGACGCUGGAGGAAGAAGACGACGAGGAGGCGACGAAAGAGAUCGAGGAGGAGCUGCAGAAGCACAUGCAGGAGUUCGAGGCACUGAUGGAUCGGCGGCCGUUCCUGAACAACGACGUGCUGCUCAGGCGGAAUCCGAAUGACGUACAGGAGUGGGAGAAGCGGGUGGCGUUGUGGGGAGAGGACGAUGCGAAGGUAGCGGAGACGUAUACGAAGGCGCUGGAGACGAUCAACCCGAGGAGGGCGACGGCGAACUUGCAUCGUCUGUACGUGAACUUUGCGAAGUUCUAUGAGGAAGGUGGAACGACGAGGGAGGCGGAGCCCGACUUGGACGCUGCGAGGAAGAUCCUGGAGAAGGCGACGAAGGUGCACUUCAAGAAUGUUGAUGACCUAGCAGAGGUUUGGUGCGAGUGGGCGGAGCUCGAGCUUCGUCAUGAGAACUACGACGAGGCGAUCCGGGUCAUGCAGCGAGCUGCGGCUAUCCCGAAGAACCCUCGCAUUAAUUAUCAUGACCAGUCACUAUCAGUUCAAACUCGUUUGUUCAAGUCGCUCAAGCUCUGGUCAUUCUAUGUCGACUUGGAAGAGUCCAUUGGGACGGUCGAAUCUGCAAAGGCGGUUUACGACAAGAUCCUGGACCUACGCAUCGCCAACGCACAAAUCAUCGUUAACUACGCCGCAUUCUUGGAAGAGAACAAGUACUACGAAGAGAGCUUCAAGGUCUACGAACGCGGUGUCGAGCUCUUCACCUUCCCUGUCUCCUUCGAGCUCUGGAACAUCUACCUCUCCAAGUUCGUCAAGCGCUACGGCGGCUCCAAGCUCGAGCGCGCGCGCGACCUCUUUGAGCAGGCGCUGGAGAAGUGCCCGGCCAAGUUCUGCAAGCCGCUGUUCUUGAUGUACGCGAAACUUGAGGAGGAGCAUGGCCUGGCGAAGCGCGCUAUGUCAAUUUUGGACCGUGCGACGCAGGUGGUGGCGGAUGAGGAUAAGUUCGAGAUGUUUACGAUCUACAUCGCAAAGGCGACGGAGAACUAUGGCCUCCCUGCCACCCGCCCUAUAUACGAGCGCGCCUUGGAGGUCCUCCCCGACCGCCAAACCGCCGAAAUGUGCCUUCGCUACGCCGCCCUCGAGCGCAAGCUUGGCGAAAUCGACCGCGCGCGCGCCAUCUACGCACACGCCUCCCAGUUCUGUGACCCACGCACGAACCCCAAGUUCUGGGCUGAGUGGAACAGCUUCGAGAUUGAGACCGGGAGCGAGGACACGUUCCGGGAGAUGCUGCGCCUCAAGCGCGCGGUGCAGGCGCAGUUCAACACGGAGGCCAGUUACCUCGCGGCGCAGACCGUGUCCGCGAGUGCUGCCAGUGCGAAUGCGCAAGGGGAGGAUGGUGCGGCGGCGGCAGGGGAGGACGCGAUGGCGGCGGCGGAGAGGGCGGCAGUGAAGGGGCCGGCGUUUGUGAGUGCGUCGAGUAAUCCGGUGAAGGAGGCGGAGGCGAAGCCAGUAGAGAAUGCGGAGGAGAUCCAUAUAUCGGACGAUGAGGAGUAGGCGUGUAUUCUUGUAGGUAUCGUGACACGAAGAGCCUUGGGGGCCAAGCCGUGUAGCAUCGAAAGACCGACCGCGAUCGUGGUGUUGGUGUCGGACAGCGACCCUUGAGAAAUCACCCUCAUUCGGCGUGAGGUCUUGCGCCUGACGCACGGCAUACCGCUGGCCAGCCUUUCGCCAAUACCAUUGGAGUGGUCUGCGUGCUUAUCGUCGCCCCCAGCGAUCGAUCUCCGCGGCACACAGAUCAUUCCAUCUCGCAUCCCA